CUUCCUAUCAAUGUUGUAACGUUCCAAAAACCUCUCCUUUUUCUGUUGUUAACCUCUUCAACUCUUCAUAAAACAGGAAAUACUAAACUGUUUCUGGUUUUUGUAGAACUGUUGUGUGAUUUCUAUGUUUUUGGUAUAAAACCAAACUUCUUGGGAAGAUCGUAUCCUAUUGUUUCAUUUGAAAGUAGGUGAGGUUUUAGACGAUCGAAGAUCAAAAAUGUUGAGUUGUUUCUCGUGUUUCUCUUCAAAAGUUUCGGACAAUGAAGGUUCUUCCAUGCCUGCUCCUAUAAGGCAGCCAAACUCAACUAAAAAGACAGUGGGAAGUAACGGCUACGUGAACAAUAUACAGACGGAGGUUUUCACAUUCCGUGAGUUAGCCACCGCCACAGAGAGUUUCAAACAAGAGAACCUAAUCGGAGAGGGCGGUUUCGGGCGGGUUUACAAAGGCAAGCUCGAGAAGACAGGACAGAAACCACUAGAUUGGAACACUCGUGUUAAGAUCGCUUUAGGAGCGGCAAAAGGACUCGAGCAUCUCCAUCACACAGUUGAUCCUCCAGUGAUUUACCAAGACCUUAAGCCGUCAAAUAUAUUGCUUAAUCGAGAUUUCGAACCGAAACUAUCGGAUUUCGGUUUAGCAAAACUCGGUCCUGUUGGAAAUGCAACACCACCACACGUGCCUUCCCAAACACAACCAAUUUUCAGAGACCCGAGUAGAUUCCCGGAGCUAGCCGAUCCAUUACUUCGAGGCGAGUUCCCGGAGAAGAGUUUGAACCAAGUUGUUGCUGUCGCGGCGAUGUGUCUGCACAAAGAACCUAGUGUCCGACCUCUAAUCAGCGACGUUGUUACAGCACUCAGCUUCCUCGAUGCAUUCUCCAAUGCCGACACUAACCAAUUGCAACAAGAUGGGUCCGACGAUUAUCAUGAUGCAGUUCAGUGGGACUCAAGUCCUAGACAAUUAAGUUAAUGUAGACAUUCUUAUAUUACAUGACCCACACAAAUUCAAAACAUGUUGUAUGUUUAUUCCAUUUAAAUUAUUUAUUUAUGGUCUA